AUGGCUCCGUCAAAAGUAAACAAAACCACGAUUCCAGUUUCUGUGUGGGCUUGUAGCGGCUCCACCCAAUUGCAGGGUAUAGUAAUGGAACUCGAUACACCGCUUGAGGAUCUCGCAACUCGAUUAUCUCCCCAUUCGGCAGGUUGCGACAGAGUUAUCAGCCACAAUCCCGUAGGUUUGAGAGUGAAUUUGAUGGGUACACGCCCAGUUGAUUCAUCUUCUAAAGAGAAUUACUGA